AUAGGGCGAGGGAGUUUGCGCAACGCGCUGCUCGGAUGGUCUGCCUUGUACGUGCCAGGCUGCCAGCCUCGGCCGUUGGCGCGAAAACUGUGGGAAAGACAGGGACAGUUCAGGAAGUCUCAGGCUGUUUUGGAGCCUUUCGUGGCUGUGCUAGCAAAUAGCAGCCCGGAGUGCUGCUCUUCGGCUUAUGAAGAGGAUUUUGUCAGGUUGAGACAUGGAAUGUGGAAACGAGCAGUUUGGUUGGAGGGUAAGAAAGAAGAAGAGGGUGUGGUGCCAUCCAGCUGGGUAUUAGAAGAGAACCAAACCUUGUUUUGGCCACAAGGAGUUAAUGCUGAGAAUGCCCUUCAUAAUCAGCAAGAACCAGACCCUGCAUCAUGGAGAAAGUUUAUGUUGAAAAAAGUGAAGAUCACUUCUGAUAGUUUUCAAGAAUGCGAUACCUACCAUCUGACAUCUACGGUGGAGAGUUCUGAGAGCAACAGUGAUCCUGAUGAAGGUCUACUCAUGAGAAAAAGGAGAAAACGUUGUAAGAAAAAUCUGCCUGAUGACUUUGUCAGCAGUGAAAACUUACAUGAAGCUGUCCACAUGAAGCCAGCCUCACAGAAGCCACAGGUCACAACCUCUCAAGAUAAGGUAGCUUCUGCUCCUUCACAGGUUGUACUUCCAACACCUCCUCCUAAGGUGUCUUUGGAUAUGCGGUCCACCAGAACCCAUGGGAUGAUGGAGUGCAGUGCAACAAAAGAUUCGGUAUCCAGCAAGACAUCCAAGUCAUCUGACAACAGUGAUGGCAGUGGCCAGCAUGACAGGAGACAUCAUGACACGCCUUACCAAAAAAGAAACCAUGAUCGAGGUGACAAUCUUGACCACCAUGACAGGAGACACCAUGACACACCUCACCGAAGAAGAAGCCAUGACCAAGGUGACGUGCUUAAAAAGUUCUCAGAUUCAAAUGUGACAGAAAUACAAAUGAUAGUUGCAGCAAAAUUGCGUAAUGCUCCAAAAUUGAAAAAUGAAAAUUAGCUGAUGUAAAAUGGUACUUACAAUCAGUUAAGAUCUGCAAGAAUGUUAAAACAAACCAAUCUUUGUCUCAUGCAUGACCUUGGUGAAGUAAAGUAUUUUCAUACCAAGAUGAACUGCAAUAGCGCAGUGAAAAAUCUAGUCAUACCCACUGCCACCAGGAGUCUAACCCGGGUCUCUUGAGUGAGAGCCAGACAGCAAGACCACUACACCACUGUGGUGUAGGGGUCUUGCUGCCUGGCUCUCACUCAAGAGACCCGGGUUCGACUUCUGGUGGCAGUGGGUAUGACUAGAUAAAGUAUUUUCAUUUUGUAUGUUACUAAAAAAAUGCUGGUAAAUUUAUCUCAUGACUGAUUGUACACAGAUGACCUUAUAUAUUGUAACUAUGUGUACAUUUCCCUUCCUCCCCCCUCUCUCUCUCUCUUAAAGAAGCUCUUUUUCUAUCAGAAUGACAAAAUUUAUUGAUGUGUAAACAGUAUAAGGGGGGAUGUUAGAGAAGCUUAAGAAUGAAAGAACCAGGACCGCCGAGAACCGAACCUCAGACAAGCUGUUCCCGCCACCACGCUAACCUGGUCCUGGUUCUUUCAACUUGUCGUUAUGGGAUUCAAGCUUAAGAAUGGUUUUAAGAUGUGGAGAGAGACUUACUGCUGUAAAAUUUGAACCGAUUGGGAUAUUACCUCAUGAUAUUUAUGUGAGAUGAUAUUAAUGAUCUCAGAUUAUAAAAGCAAACUAGUAUUAUUAACAGUGAUUUAUUUUGUAAUUUAGUAAUAGAUAUAACAUUUUAAUUUAUAAUUUUGCUUUUGCCUACCACUUAGGUUCCCAUGUAUUUUUACGUAAAUGAAAAAGUAUGGAGCUACACAAGUAUCAAUUCACAAAAUGCUUAAUUUCAUUGACAACUGUGGUCUGUAUUGUUUUAAGCAUAUUGUGUACUUGUGGCAGGCCUGGUAUUCUUUGCAUAUAUUCCCCCUGGGGCUACAUAGAUACUAGAAUGUAGCCCUCUCCAUGUCGGCUGUGUGCCGUAAGAGGCGACUGAUUCUGGCCCUGGGUGGGGAUCUCUUUUACUAGCCCAUAGCAGGUCUUUUUACCACUUGACAUAUUUUCCCUUCUCAUUUCCCUUUGCUUUCUGUCCAUUUUCUUUUACGUUCUCUUACUUUUCCGAGUGGUGGGCUGACUCUUUGUCAGAGUGAGGGUUGGUGUCCUUUACUUCCCAUAGCCAUUUCUGUCUUUCUCUUGUUCUAUAUACCUCUACUGUUUAGGGUGACACUAGGCUGGGGAUCUGCCCAUUCUUCUCUACCUUUUAUAGUCCCACUUGUGGCACAUGCCCAGGGAUAAUGCUAGGCACAAGUGCCAUGGGAACCCAUUUAUUGAGUCGUGGCCCGGGAUGGCGGAUGGUCACCCUCACAGUUCAAGGGUGGUUUCUGCUGUUCUGGACCAUGGCAUGGGGAGGUAAUGCAUAGGAGCAGGUGUCAGGCUAUGGAUGGAUUGUGGCUAAACAAAGUUUUAAUUUUUUGUAUUACUGGGAUCAUCCAUUUAUAUAUUGCAGUUAUUCUUCAUUCAAGUCAGAUAUCUUGAAAGCCUUUAUAUAUAAAAAUGCAAGCACUAACUUUUUUUUUUUUUUCAUAAAAUAUGGAAAUUAUUUUGGUUUUGAUAUUUUUACAAGGAUGAAGAUUAUUAAAUUUAUGAAAAAGUGUAAGACUGAAGAAUAUAUAUAUACACACUUUCUGUA